AUGAAUUGGAUUCCGCAGCCCCCCGUCUCGGUCUAUGUUCCUUCAACGUCCGAGGACGACGUGCUGAUGAUCGAGCCCGCCCCCUGUUAUGUCCCUGAAGUCCAGGCUCAUGCAAGCUAUCCAAGCAGUACUCAACCAGACAUCGGCCUCGGGAUCACGUAUAACGGGAUGGAGACCCAAUUCAGUCAAUUGGGCUUCUGCUCCGGUCCAGAAUCGGUCCCGCUGUCAACAGCCGAUUGGUCUGACCAACUGAUGCCAUCCGUCUUUAAUCCUUCGCUUGAAGUCAACACCUUAUCCGCUGGCCCUUGCUACGACUCAUUCGGUGCCCCCCAUGACGUUUCCGCCUCGCCUCUUAGCCUGUACAGUCCGCAAACGUUAAGUGCGUCUCCAAGUUACUGUUCCACUCUGGACAUGGGGAAUCAGGAUAAAAUGGGUUGUCAGCCAUCGCAUAUGUGGCCAAGCACUCCUUGCUCGGAUACUGCCACUUUUCUGGAGGGUUGGUGCGAGGUGAAAGAGGAGCCGGAGGAUUGUGCAGACCCGCUGCUCUUUGCGGACUCAAGCAUAGUGACGGGAUUGCAAAUGUCAACCUCCAUUCCUCAGCUGAUGGUGAGCAACGCCUCUUCGGGGCUUGCGUCUUCUGAUGCAGAGGGGUUGGAUCCUUUGAUGAAUUCUGACCAUACGGUAAAAGGCUGUGUUCAAUACGAUCAGGAGGCGGUGUCUCCCCGAAACGAAGACCACAUGGUCCCGGUAAACGAUAAGCCAUCGCCCAAAUUGCCAUCGGCUAGCGGUCUGGUCUGUACCUUGUGCGGUAUGCGCUUCACUCGGCGCUCAAACUGCCGGGAGCAUAUAAAGCGGCACGACCCUAGUAGCAGGAAGCAGCAUCCAUGCGACGUGUGUGGGAAGUCGUUUGGCAGGAGGACGGACCUCAAGAGACAUGUAGACAGUAUCCACCAUGGUCUGCGAAAUUUCGGUUGUGACCAGUGCGAGCGUCGCUUUAGUCGACAGGAUACGUUGUCCAGACAUAAAGCCGAUGGUUGUCGCCGCAAACCUCGAAAGUCCAAUCCCAAGAGCAAAGAAACCACCGAGCUGGCCCAGCCUGUCCCUUCGCCCUCACCAAACCUGCAUUCCUACAGUGAGCAAACAACACGGAAACGCGGAUCCAAUAAUGAAAGAUUUUGA